AUGCUUAAAACAGAAAUCAUCGUUCAGAAAUACAAAGCUCUUCGAUAUUCGGAGAUUGAUCGAAUCGAGGAUAUUAAGCCAGAUAUAUUAAUCCGUGCUUAUUUGGAUAUCUUUCCUAUUUUAGUUGAUGAGAUGAGUGUCAAAACUGAUAAAAAAUGUUCGCUCACUCAAUACCAUUUUAGAUUUUGUGCAUGUGAAUCUGAGACGGAAAACCCGGAGUCGUCAAGAUUUUGCGAAUGCUCAGAAAUUUUGUACGGAAAACCUUUAAAAAAGUCAAUUCCUCAUGCGUUAUAUCCUGCAAAAUGCAUGUAUAGUCCUUAUUUAACGAUGUGCCUUACUGCUAAUAUUUCCUCAUCAAAUAAACAACGUAUUCUAUACGCAAAUGUUGGCGUUGAAUCUAUUAAUCUCACAAAUCCACCUUAUCAAAUCAUUCCCAAUUCCCGUUAUAAAACGACAGUUAUAUUACAAUGCUCAACGGAUGAAAAAUCCACCAAGUAUUUUCCUUGUGGUACUGGGAAUUUAGAACUAACGUAUAUUGUAUUAUCAAAAUAUUCGCCAAAGACACGGCAAAAUUUAUCAACAUUUGAAAAAAUGCUAAAAUCUUUCACAAACGCUCGUACUUUAUACAAAAAAAUACCCUAUCAAAUUUUGAAGACUCCCCCACAAUCGCUAUCGAUAAACAUUAUCCCGAAUUCAAUGGAAAUGAUCAGCAAAAUUAUGUUCGAAAGAUCACAGUUUUAUCGUAUCAAACCCGAACAAUUCAGAAUUGAUUUCUUUAAAAAAGCGUUAUUAAGAAAUCAUAACGUUUAUCGGAGAAAACAUGGUGCUAAAGUACUGCAAAUAUCCGAUGAGGUGUCACGUUCUGCUGAGCUUUGGGCGAACUAUUUAGCAAACAGUGUUUCCUGCUUAAAGCAUGAUCCAGCAAAGACUUAUGGUGAGAAUUUGUUCUAUUAUGCUUCGAAUUUCUUACCUGAUGAAGAAUCCAUGGCCCUCCUAAUAAUGCAAAGUUUUUAUAUCGAGGCUAAAGGCUAUAAUUACAAAACGCAUGAACGAUUGGAUUAUCAUAAAACUGGGCAUUUCACUCAGCUUAUCUGGAAAUCGUCAAAAUUUCUUGGUAUAGGUGUUGCCCUGAAGCGAUGGGAUGCAAAAUAUUUUAAUGAAUGUCAACCACGAACUGAGGCAAAUUUGAUGUAUUUAGUACUGAAAUAUGAUCCACCUGGAAACAUUCAAACUUUAGAAUAUUACCAGCGAAAUAUUUCUCCUCCUCAAAGCUGA